CACAAAGAUGGCGUACUUUUCGAUGUCAAAGCAAACGACAGAGCGGAUGGCGUCGGGUAUCGCGAAAGUUUAACGCAAUUGUUGCGGAAAAAUACUGCUAAAAACGAGCUAAACUAUUCGCGUUUUGGUCGGGAAAAGCAGCGCUCAAACGUUGCCGUGUGCGUCGGAACGCUUCGCACAGAAAAAGAGGUAAUAAAGCAAGUCUCUCUGUACGGCACAGUUUUGUUUGCUUCCGUCGGUGCAAGAGUGUGGUUAUUGUUUGUGUUUGUGAAGCGAUGAAAAAGUAAUGCAAACGAUGCAUUCGAUCGAUUUUACCCGCGUUGCGUAGUGAUAGCAUCCGGUAGCUAGCGGAAGAAAAAGCCAAAAUGUAUCCGCGAGCCGAGUAUGGAAGUGAAAGACGCAUCGUUCCGGUCGACGAUAUGGUUCGGUUGCUCGGUUUAACCCUUCUCCGGUGGUUCGCCUUUGCGCCGGGUUGAGGCAAGCGUGCUGCUGCCGGAAAGUGAUGCAGCUUGCUGCGUAGUACAGAAAUAGGUCAAAGCCAAUCGGAAGAAGAUUGCUUGACACUGUUGACCCGGUGUACAGAGUGCGUGCAAAGUGGUGCAUCGUGCCGUUGCAUCGAAGUGCACUGCAACAAGCCCGGUGACCGUACGGUGUGCAAGCACGGAAAGGAUUCGAAAAGCUCCUCUAGUGACCGUCGUCCGUCCGUUCGUUCGACCGCCCGUCCUUUCGUUCGUCCUUCCGUUCGUCCGCCGGUCCGUCCGUUCGCGUCAGCUAUCGAAAAGUCGUCGUCCGCUUAUCUUGAACCGCGCUCGGGUGCGAUGAAUUCGUCUGUUGAUCUCGGUAUUCGCUGACAAAACACUCCGCCGCCGGGAUCUGUUCGGAAAAUCUCCUUUUGCUUACGUUAUUUUCGGCAUUUCGGUUCGCGAAAUAAGCUAGCAUCGGGUCAUGCAAAACGCAAACAUGCCGCGACAUGCUGUUCGUAUCGUCGUAACAUUUGCGACGGAUUCGCACGGUUUCCGGUUGCGCGAUUCUAGAGGAGCUUUCACUGUCCUGCACCUUCCCGCAGAAGCACUAGAUGUAGUCGAUGUUGGGCGCUGUUCGGAAUGCCUUUUUGUGUGUGCAAGCGGAUGAAUUGGAAACGUCCGCCAUGCUAGCCUGAUCUGUAAUUUCCUCUCAACAUUGUCCGAGACGUGAUACUAAUUCUACUUGCUUUUCUUGUUUUAUCGCCUCGCUUCAUCCUUCAUCUUAAGACUCGCACGAAAAAACCGUCCCACAAUAACAUAAACACACACACACUCACUCACUCUACGCCCGCUCCACCUAAAUGUCCUGCAUCUGUGGAUCGCAUGGAUUCGGUGGCUCGGUGUAGUGCGUAAACGUAAAACGUGGGUAUCAGCAGAAGAGUGGAUUGCUUUGAUUAGCAUACCGGCAGACCGAAGAGAAACAUAAAGCAAAACAAAAAGCAAAAGCUCCACAACCGCGCGUGUGCUACCGUGGUGUUGUUUUUACGGACCGGUACUUGUGUGUCCGCAGCCGCGAAACGAUGUCAUUACGCCGGCGCGAUUUAAGUCCUCCGCCGCGCGGUCCGGGAGGCGGUGGCCCACUCGGUGGCGGCAGCAAACUUCGCAUGGAUCGAAAUCCCAGCCGGGCGAAGAUAACUGAUCCAAGCCACCCAGCCGGCAAGCGGAAGGAGAUUGAUAUGGUAAUGAAGAAGGCCCGCGCCUUUCCGAAUGAAACCUGGGACAAGAAGCUGCUGGAAGUGGAGGAAAAAGAUCCGAACCGUUGGCGCCAUACGGGCUACAAAAAGCUGUACAUCGAGGACGAUCCGAGCAGCUCCGACUCGGACCGUGGGCCGGGCGGUGCCGGCGGUCGCUAUGGCAACGGCAGACGCAGCCGUUCGCCUCGAUCGCCGCGCCCGCCUCAUCGACGUUCGCCGUCGCCGAUGCUAGCGAUGCGCAAGCGGCACAUGUCGCCGCAUUCGCCGGUUCCGAUGCGGCGCCGUUCGCCCUCGCCGUCACCGAUCAGCCGGAAACCGCCACCGCCGGAGCUGAAGCGGCGACCCCGGUCUCCGUCGCCGCGAAUGCGCCGCAAAUCACCGAUGGGUGGCGGCAUGAUGCGUCGUCCCCUGUCGCCUGGUGAAAUGCGCAGGCGACCGUCGCCACCGCCGGGUAUGGGGCCGGAAUCACCGCGCAGGCCGCCCCGCCGCAUGUCACCACACCUGGGGCCUCCACCCUCGAAGGGUGGCCGUCUUCCGCCGGUACCACGCUCGAAAAGGCCUCCCUCGCCUCCGCCAAGGAUGAGCCGAUCGGCAUCCAUGAGCAGCUGUUCCGACGAUUCCUGUUCCGGCUGUUCGGUCGACGAUCAUCGCCGUCGACGUCGCCGUUCUAGAUCUCGGUCGUUUUCCAAUCCGCGCCCGCGCGUUCGUUCGCCGCCGCACAACAACGGUUCAAAAGGCCUCCGCCGCGAAGGUCUCGCAGGAAGUCACGAAAGUCGUCUGCGCCCGAUGAGUCCACCGCCAGUCGAUCCACGGCGUAAGCAUCUGCCGCCACCGCCAGAACCCCUGCCAAAGGGUCAUCGCGUUCCGGAAAAGCCAUCUCGUGAGCAUCGUCCAUCUCGCUCGAUUCCACAGCCGCUGCCAGAGCAGCGAUCACGGCGCCCGCAAACACCGGACUCGGAUCGUGCUCUGUCCCCACCGAAACGCUCCAAGCAUGGAGCCAAAUCGUCCAGUUCCGGUCCCGUGCCAGAAGAUGCACGACCAUCGAAAGUACGUCCAUCGAAACAACGGCUACCACCACCGUCCUCGGACGUGCUGGGCGCGAACGGUCACGAUGCAGCCGUAUCAGGUGCGGCGUCCUCAUCGUCACAAACCGCACAUCCCGCAGCAUCAUCGAGCUCAUCCGGCACGGGCCACAAGAAACACCAUAAGGACAAGAGUGCGGAAAAGCUGCGCGCUCGGGUUAAAAUAGAAGGUGAACCAAAGCGCCGGUCCAGACCCCGUUCGCCGUCGAGCGGGUCGGAAGAAUCGAGCAGCAGUGAAAGCUCGCUGCCCCGCUUUACGGCCACCACCCGGAUGACACUUUCGGAGCGCUUCGGUAAGAUGGCGCAGUGGAGCGUCGACCGGUCGAACAUGGAAAAUAUGCGCAUCACCAAGAACUCGGCCGGCGGUGAUCUGAAAGUGAUGAUCGAGGAGGAGCUCGAAGCACCACCGACCCGUUACACCUAUUCACCUGCCCCGGCCGGUCACUUCCCGGAGGAGCUGAUGACUACUGGACCGAGCGGUCUGUCAUCGUGGGACGAUGUGCGGGUGCGCUACGAAUACUACAAGGGUCGCGGAUAUUUGCGCGAUCUCGAUCUGCAGGACUAUGUCAAGUGGGAGGAGUGGUGGUACAAGUACCAGGAAUGGCUCAAACAGGAACGCUACUACGAGCUGUGGGAACGUUCGCAGAUGAGCCGCCGCCGAAAGAAGAUUCCCAUUUCGCAGCGAUUAAACUAGAGUGUAAUUAAUCAAUCGUAGCGACACAACGACAAACGUAUGUUAACUGGAAAAAGAUGUUUUUUAGGAAGAAAUAAUCAGUCGUUGAUCAAAACACACUCGUCGCUAAACGCGGAUGAAUUUCGAAGGUAGAUUUUCGUAACCUUUCCGAGCAUCAUUAAUGUACUAUACAAAAUAUUUCAUUUAUUUUAUCUAUUUAAACCAUUAAUAAGAGUUUAGCGUACUUUUGUAGUACAGUUUGAUGCCGGAGUGAUGCGUUUGGUAUAUUUUUCUCUUCAAUAGCUUGUUUGUGUUGGAACUUUUCUUUUUUACCCCAAAAGAAACCUUGAUAGUAUAGUGCAAUUGUGACGAAUUCAUUUUCAUAUUUACUUCUAUUUCUGUUACUCUUCGAUUUAUUUACGAGCUUUUCUAUUCGUUUGUGCAGCGCAGAAUUUAGUUCAGGAAUCACACAGAACAGAACUUACACGGUACCGAAGAGUACAGUGCUAUCUUCCCUUAUCACAGGCAAACCGUUGGUAAAGUAUGAAGAACUCCUUUAUCUCAGUAAAUUUAACAUUACACUUAAAGCUGUAAUAGCCGGAACGUAAAACAAGCAAACAUGUUUUAAGAGCAAUAGAUGUGUGACCUCAGUUCUCCAGUUACGGCGAGGAUCUUAUUUAAGCAAUGUCGAUGUGCAAAUCAAGAAUAGAUUUUAAACACACAUACACACAAAAUAAAUCCACUUAAUUGUAUGCCUUCAUUACAGAA